AUGAGCAACCUCCCCGCCGACCGGGAGGGCGGCCUUGCCGACCCCGGGCUGCCCGAGGAGGAGGUGAGGACACUCUUUGUCAGUGGGUUGCCUCUGGACAUCAAGCCCCGGGAACUUUACCUGCUCUUCAGGCCCUUUAAGGGCUACGAAGGAUCUCUCAUCAAACUCACCUCCAAGCAGCCCGUGGGCUUCGUCAGCUUCGACAGCCGCUCUGAGGCGGAGGCGGCGAAGAACGCGCUGAACGGCAUCCGCUUCGACCCCGAGAUCCCCCAAACGCUGCGGCUGGAGUUCGCCAAGGCCAACACCAAGAUGGCCAAGAGCAAGCUGGUGGGCACCCCGAACCCCAGCACGCCUCUGCCCACUGCUGUACCUCAGUUCAUUGCCCGGGAGCCCUAUGAGCUCACAGUGCCUGCACUUUACCCCAGUAGCCCUGAAGUGUGGGGGCCGUACCCUCUGUACCCAGCGGAGUUAGCACCUGCUCUACCUCCUCCUGCUUUCACCUACCCCGCUUCGCUGCACGCCCAGAUGCGCUGGCUGCCCCCCUCCGAGGCUGGUUCUCAGGGCUGGAAGUCCCGUCAGUUCUGCUGAAUGCCGGGUCUCAGGUGUGUGAUGGUGGCCUACAGUCAGUCUUGUGGGUAUUAACGGAGUCUUCCAAGGCGGCUACUGGGUUGGUGUGCUCUCUGCAAAACCACAGUGUGCUGGCUUGAUAACUAAAAACCCUCACACAAGUUUGGAUUCCUCCAAGACUUUCUCACAGCCUCUAUCACACAUCUGCUCUCCUAGAAGAAAGAAAAAACAACAAAAAAACAACAAAAAAAACAAUGAAAAGCAUACCUAGUAAUAAUAUUUUCCUCUUUUACACUGUAUAUUUGUAAGAAAGAGUGUGUUACUUCUGAAAGCAUGGUUUGACAGCACCCCAGCCUCUGAAAAAAGACUUUCUCAAAAUGAACCAUAGGAAAGCAGACUACAAAAAGAAAAACAAACCAACAACAAACCAAAAAAACUAACAAAAAAAAAAGGCAAAAUGAGAGCAAAAGUAUUUUUGUACCAAACCUCCUAAGCAGGACAAUCUUACACUGGGUCUGGACCACACGUUCUGUGCUUUGACUUUGGAAUGAGUGUAAUUAAGAGUCUCUAAACCCCCUCUCCCCUCCUCCCCAGCCCCAUCAGCUGCAUGUUGAAGGCUUUGAUGUUCACCUACGUGGAGAUGUGGAGAUGCACAGUUUGGGUGUGUUAGGAACCUGUGCUGCCUCUGGCACAGGGCUUGUGCUCCGGCGAGACGUCUGUGGACACUUAACCAGUAUUACUCUCUUCUUCCCAGUUGUACCAAACCACAACCAGGCAGGGACAAUCAAUCAGACACUUUCUUAUGGUGGGGGUUAUUCUGUAACCUUUAGGGCUAUGUUUCAUAGCUUGCUGUGCAAAGCUUCGGUGUGGUACAACGGCUCGGAUCAGGGAUGGGCAGAAAUGGCCCCCACAUGUAGCAAGGUGACAAUUUGCCUCCUCCUCCUCCUUCUCUUCCUGCUGUGACUGCUUGAGGUUGUUACAGGCAACAUAAACUGCUGUAUGAGAUACAACCAACCAACAACCCCUUGGUUCACCAGCUUACUCCAGGUAGGACACGAGUUCUGAGCAAGCCGAGGGGCUGAGGCGUGUGCCUACCGUUAUGCCAAAGCACUGGCCUGAGCUGGGGGUUUGGUGCUGAGGUGAUGCCAGUCUGGCAGCUCCCUGCGUAGCAUUUGCAUGUUUCCAUGUGCAAAGAUAAGAAGGGAGGCUGCUGACACCCUUGGGAUAGGAUCUGUAACCUUUGUGGAGACAGCUUACCAAGCAAAGAGAGCACUCGAUGGACUCAGUCUCUCCUCCUUCUAGGAGGGAUUUGGAAAGAGAAAGAAAAACAAACCAAGACCUCAGACAGAUUUCAGUUCCUUGCAAAAGGAGGUGCAAAACUUAUCCUUUCCACUGCCUCUCCCCUCCUCCCAUCCCUGCUGCUGGGCACACCAAGCUCAGCUGCACUGAGGACAGGGUGCUCAUGGCCUUGUUAAACGUCAUCACCUUUUCCUUCCUCCUCCUCUUCUUCUGUGGGUGGGCUGAGCUUUCAGCUGCUGA